AUGCCACUCAUUAUGACCUCUCCAACGGGUGACGACAUCGCAAAGCCGGAACACGGCACCCCUCCAAGGAGCGAGAAUCAGCUCUCCCUCCAUGACCCGAGUCCAGAAGUCGAAGUUGCCAAGACCGAGGUCGUUAAACAGGAGCAUAAAAGAGAAAGAUGGGACACGAAGGUUGAUUUCUUGUUAUCCGUGAUUGGAUUUGCUGUCGACCUGGGAAAUAUUUGGCGGUUCCCCUAUAUUUGUUAUCAGAAUGGUGGAGGAGCAUUUCUGAUCCCGUACUUGCUGAUGUACGUUUUCGGUGGCCUGCCACUAUUCUACCUAGAACUAGCUCUCGGCCAGUUUCAGCGAAGCGGAUGCAUCUCUGUGUGGAACCGCAUCUGUCCCCUCUUCACCGGUCUCGGUUAUGGAAUCUGCAUAAUUGCAAGUUACACAGCCUGGUACUACAAUACAGUGAUCUCCUGGGCCCUCUUCUACAUGUUUGAUUCAAUGAGAUCGCGACUACCCUGGGAUAGCUGUGAUAACUGGUGGAAUGACAACGAAACCUGCAUUACGGUCUACCAGAAGCUAGUUAGCGACGUCAACGAAACCCACGGCAAUGUCACUGCUAAUCAAACUAGGAUCACGGUGAACACAACAGGCUACUAUUCUUCGACCGAGCAAUACUUCUACAACCGCGUUCUCCAAAUCCAGUAUUCCGAUGGAUUCAACAAGAUGGGAACCAUCAGGUGGGAGGUUGCGCUCUGUCUGCUGGCUGUUUUCACGCUUGUCUACUUCGCUCUAUGGAAGGGCGUGAAAAGUAGCGGCAAGGCCGUAUGGAUCACUGCGACCCUGCCGUACGUAAUUCUGCUAAUACUGCUCAUUCGUGGUCUGACGCUGAAGGGUUCUCUGAUGGGCAUUCAGUACUACCUUCUUCCUGAUUUUGGUCGGCUCAAGUCUAUUGAGGUUUGGAAUGCUGCAGCCUCGCAAAUUUUCUUCUCUUUGGGUCCGGGAUUCGGCGUCCUGCUUGCCCUAGCAAGUUACAACAAGUUCAGCAACAACUGCUACCGAGACGCGAUGAUAACUAGUGCGAUUAACUGUGGGACGAGUUUCCUGUCAGGCUUCGUGGUCUUUUCCGUGCUCGGUCAUAUGUGCUACCGAAUGAACAAAACUAUGGACACCGUGGCCAACGAAGGACCAAGUCUGGUGUUCAUCGCCUACCCCGAGGCCAUCGCUACUCUCCCUGGCUCAACAUUCUGGGCGGUCAUAUUCAUGCUCAUGUUAAUCACUCUAGGUCUCGAUAGCACGUUUGGUGGUUUAGAAGCAAUUAUAACGGCUCUUUUGGAUCGCUGGCCCAAGUUGCGUAAAAGACGAGAACUCGUGGUCUUGAUCAUGAUUAUCUACUGCUAUAUUGGAGCUUUACCCACAACAACAAAUGGUGGCUACUAUAUCCUCACUCUCUUUGACACCUACGGCGCGCCAUUCUCCAUACUCUUCAUAGUAUUUUGCGAAUGUGUCGCUUUGUGCUGGUGCUAUGGCGUGAGGCGAUUUUCGAGGGAUGUCGAAACAAUGCUCGGCUUUCGACCAGGGUGGUUCUGGCAAAUAUGCUGGGCUGUCAUAAGUCCAGCUUUUAUGCUGGGCAUCUUCGUGCUGAAUAUUACAUUCUUCCGACCCCCUGAAAUAACGGUAAUGGGCAGAACCGUGAAGGCCGAUACCUGGGUCCAUGUCUUAUCCUGGAUGUUGGUAUUUUCCUCCCUUGUCACAAUUCCGAUAUGCGCCGUGGUCACCUUCGUCAACGCAAAGGGCACCUUUAAGGAGCGUCUGAGGGCGCUUGUGACACCCGGUGUACGACCAUCGUUCUCGGACUUCCACGUCCACCCAAACAGUGUUCAAAAGCGGGACCCCGAGGUGAAAGACGCGUGCGAGGCAGAGAACGAGCGUUCUAAGUGCCUUUUUAAGUGUGUCUGGACUCCUGACUCUACAAAAGAUGCUCCCGAGACUGUGAUUCCAAUCGAACAUGUUGACAUCUUCGAUCAAACGCCUGUUGAUGAGGACACGGUUGACUUGACGUACAAACCCUACAAAUUACCUGGUGGUGAGUCUAUUGGAAUGCUCACGACUGUCGGACAAAAGGAAUUAUAUCAGCUGGGAAUUCGCCUUCGGAAGGAGUAUGCGGGAGCGGACAAUCUGAUCUCGGAUCCCGUCAACCUAGCCGAAAUACAGCAAGUAGUGCGCUCCACCCGUGUGGGCAGAAACAUUAAGUCCCUUCGCUCCUUGAUCGCUGGCAUGACUGAAGGCCACGUCGAAAAGCCACUAGUGAUUCCUACAAUGCGGUUUGAAGAGGACGUGCUAUUUCCAAACACCCAAACUUGUCCUUGGUUGAAAAAAAUGUUCAUUGAGGGCACUGAGGAGUUAAAAACCUGCCCCGGUCUGAGUACCCUGAAGAAGAAGCUGAGGGAAGCGCUGCGGGUGGAUCACCUUAUCGAUGAGCUGGAGGACGAGGAGGGUAAAGAAUCGCGAGACUGCCAAGUCUACUACGUGAGGGAUGACUAUAUCGCGCGAAAGGACUUACGACCUCCUGAUCCUAAGCUUUGUACUCUAGUAUGGAACAUCAUUCAACGCAUUGUAAACGCCCUAGCGCAUACGAGCAAGUAUGAGGCUCCGUAUUUUGCUGGGGAAAUCACGCGCAGUGAACGUGACAGCGCCCCGCCUGCCUGGGAAGCUGCCAGAGGUCGCGAGUCCUGGUUGCAUAAUAACUUCCCUCUGCCACCUACGCUGAGUGCUCUUGACCCUGAAGUCGAUCAUUUCUCAGCAGUAGAGUUGCUCAGUGAAUUGUUGGGAGCGCGACGUAAUUGGACUGCUAAUCUCGACGUCAAUAUUGGACCGGUUCUUCAUAUCAUACUCUCGAAGAUACGCGCAUAUGCCGAUAUCCCACCGCUACAACUGAUGGCUGUCCACGAUUCAACGCUCCUUCCUUUACUCUGCGCCCUGGACUGUUGUGAUGAAAUCUGGCCGCCUUUUGGCGCGGACAUCAUCUUUGAGAUCUACUCGCAGACAUCCGGAUCGAGUGUCUCAGAAUUCCUAGGUCCCGUUAAGGACACCAACUUUACCUCCAACGACAACAUCGACUCCAAAAUUGACUGGACCACUGACAUACUGGAUAACCUGUGGGUUCGUGUGCGAUACCUCGGCAAGGGUCAACCUCUGGCGUCGCUGUGGAACCUGCCAGAAAGUGUACAUCGCAUGACUGGCUCCAAUGAAUUCAUUCCUCUUCGUUACGUUGUGCAGAAAUUGACGCCGUUCGCGCUGUCCUUGACGGAUUAUCGAAUUAAGUGUCAAAGUUUGAUGGACGAUGCUGAGCCGGCUGGAAAAAUUCACGGUGCCAAAAACUUUAUUCUUAACAAGGCCACUGCGGAGACAUUCAUCAGUUUAUCUAAAAGUAUCCUUGCCAUCUCUAUCGAUUCUCCAGAUGCCCUCGAUGUCAUCGUUCAGCUGAUUUUUCAAAAGGCCUCCAAUGAGCCGAACUUCACCUACAUUUAUUCACAGCUUUGCGUUGUGCUUUUUGAAAAGGCGCGCAACUUCGAAACCGAAAACCAAAAUUCUACAUUUAAGCUUCUUCUGCUCAAGCGUUGCGAAAACGAAUUUCUUAAACGUAAAACUAUUGACUUUACCAAUCCCGUUGCUCGCCAGCGAUUCAUUGGUGCUACCCGCUUCAUUGCUUACCUCGGUUGUUACCAUGGAAUUCCGGAAAAAAUCCUCCACGAAUGUGUCAAAUCUUUUCUCUCAAGUAAGCAAAAAGGCAAACCGUCUAACACCGUGUCGACCUCGAAUGCACAAAUGGAGCCAACUCUCAGUUCGGGAUAUCCGAAAGAAGACGAGUCGGUUGCCCUUGACAUGGAGUGUUUCUGUGAGUUCCUGAAGAUUGCAGGUCCGCAUAUGGACACAGAUAAGGCCCGCAAUUUGAUGGAUCAGUACUUUGACCGGGUGGCGAAAAUCCUGGAACGUGCCUCUCCAGAAUACUUACGGCAAUAUGGACCAGGCAGUGGGAAGUUUAUUCCACUCAGCACCCGAGUUCGGUUUAUGAUACGGGACGUCAUUGAGCUUCGCCAAAACCAUUGGACUCCGCUGUUUGAAGGCCAACUUUCUGAUCGAGACAAACCAUGGCUUCUGUCUGAUUUACGAAAGGAGAUUGAUAUGACAUCAAGUGGGGAGCUCUCGCUAAGCAGGGCGUCACCGGGACCUCAUGACCUUCGAAACACAUGUCACAAAGGCACGGAAAGUUUGGAGCGUGAAAGUGAUUGGAUGAAAUUAAACCGAAUGGGGAAGGCUUUGUGUUCACGUGGUAAAGACGUCGAUUUGUUUUCAAAUGGCGAAUCAUCGGCAUCAGUGGCCACGUCCCACCGCAGUCGUGAUGGCGGCUACAACAGUAGUCACUCCCACAACUUGAGCUAUGUACGUCGUCAGACACCACCGUCAGCACAGGAUGUCUCCAGCAGAAGUGUGUACCGGGAAUUCGAUGCCGGUAGUAAUGGAAGCAGUGGGAGCAACGGUAGCAAUUGCCUCUGGGUUCGUCGGGCUGUUUCACGUCCUGACCACCGUCCGUAUCACCCUCAUCGCAGUCUUGUAGCAAAUGAAUCGUACUCUCAGCCAAAAGCCGCUAUUUCUAACGGGCCAAACAGCGCAGUCUUUUUUGAGCCCGAAUACUUGCAUUCACAACACAAGUCUCAAUGCUAUCGCGCCUCUUCGUGUGCAUCUUCAACGGCUGUCACACCGGCGACCAUUAGCCCCGACCUGGACGCCAUGGCAGCAGGCCGCUUUGAUGCCAAACAGUUGACCAGCUCAGCUGUGCCAAGCUGGCGACCAACGUCGGUGAAGCCCCCACCACCGCUUUCGCGCCAAUACCCGCAUCAUCAUCACAACAAUCCACCGUCUGUGAUCACAUACGCAGAAAAGCAAGCACCCCUGGAUGAAAACAAGGAGGCUGCCAAGGCGGUGAUGUCUAUUCUUUCUCAAACCACGAAUACGCAACAAGCAGUUGGUCAACUCAGAGAAAAGGGCCUCAUUCCUCGACUCAACAAGGAAGCUAUUUUGAAGAUUGUUCUUCUCUUUUGUGAUGGCAACUCAACUGGAUUCUCCCUGGACAGGAAAUCUAAGCACAAGGCCUGUCAGUUGGUGUCCGUCUUUUCUCUGGCCAACUCCAUCGAAGGCCAGCUGAUGACAUCGGCCAUUCACGCCGCCUGGCCACGCGUAUUGCAGUCGUUAAGUUCCACCUCACCGAAGACCUCGCUGGCUUUCCUUGCGGCCCGCCUGGCCUUGGCCGAGCUGCUGUCCCUGGAGAAACUAGCCGAGCCCCUGUCGGCGGGGCGCCACCAUCCGCUUUUCUUGCUUGUUCUUCAGCAACUCGCGCAAAUGGCCAAUUCGAACCUACGACCAGGCGGGUUCUUAACACUCGACGACAGCCUCGACGAUGGCGACUACAUCCCGGAGGGCGUUGUUUUCGGAGAGGAUAAAGAAGAACGCCGAGACCAGUUGAUCGCGCUUUUCGCUGCUAGCGGAGUUGUGUUAGAGAAGAUGCUCCCGGAGGGCAACCAGGCGCCCAGUCGUGUGAUGGCUCUACUGCAAGAGCGGGGGAUCGAGUUUUUCUUCCCCUCUCUUUGUCUGGCCGCGGAAACGCUCUGCCCACUGCUCACUGCCGGCGAUCUCUCCGAGUUUGCUUCCCACCUUGGGGAACUUAGUGACUUCGGGCCCGACGUGGUUCACAGUCUGAUGUCUGCGGCCUUCGAACGCGUCCGUCUGGCUGGUUCUCCAGCCGGUGACUCGGACGAUGAUGCUAUGGAUCUCGAGGAGGCAGUUUGGAAAGCGAUGGUCACGGACGGUCAAUUGAAGCUCUGUGUGCCCCCGGAAAGGCAGAUGGAUGUUUUGCACGCGCUGCAAGUGUUUUGGCACGACAGGGGCAUGCCCAAAGGCUUUGUGCUGCGGUGUUUCCGGAAUCUCUACGACUUCGAUUUGGUGGAGAAAGCGACUUUCUUUGCAUGGCAGGAGGAGGUUGACCAAAACUACCCAGCGAAAGGCCAAGUCUUAUUCGAGGUGAUGCGGUGGCUUACAUGGCUUGAGACUGCAGAACUGGAGGUAACAUCGGACGACGCCGGUGAUGCUCCUGACGCUUGA